CCACGUGACACGAAGGAGGCGGGGACGGGAAGGGAAAGGUCGGCGGCGACGCCGGCGGAGGGGGGAGCGGAAGGUCAGGGCGCCGCGGAGCGGAAGUGGGAGCCGGAGCCCGUCCGCCAUUGUGGGGAAGCGGAGCCCAGAGCAAGGGGGGGGAAGCGGCGCUGCGUCCGGCCGGCGGCUCCUUCCAGCGGGAACCCGAUCGACGGCGGCGGCAGCGAGCCCAGGCGGCAGCGGCGGCGACAAUCAGGGGGAGGAGGCGGCGGAGGCGAGCGAGCGGCCCCGGCGUGCGGAAUCACUCGAGGCCCAGGCGGAGCGGAGCGAGGGGAUCGCGGCUCCCCGUGAAGAAUGUCAGCCACCAGCGUCGACCAGAGACCUAAAGGACAGGGAAAUAAAGUUUCAGUACAAAACGGUUCGAUUCAUCAAAAGGAUGCAGUAAAUGAUGAUGAUUUUGAGCCAUAUCUAAGUAGUCAGACAAAUCAGAGUAACAGCUAUCCACCAAUGUCAGACCCAUAUAUGCCUAGCUAUUAUGCUCCAUCCAUUGGAUUUCCAUACUCUUUAGGUGAAGCAGCAUGGUCAACUGCAGGCGACCCUCCAAUGCCAUAUUUGACAACUUAUGGACAGAUGAGUAAUGGUGAACACCAUUACAUACCCGAUGGUGUGUUUAGUCAACCUGGGGCAUUAGGAAAUACCCCUCCAUUUCUCGGGCAGCAUGGAUUUAAUUUUUUUCCUGGGAAUGCAGACUUCUCUACAUGGGGGACAAGUGGAUCUCAGGGACAAUCAACGCAAAGCUCUGCUUACAGCAGCAGUUAUGGCUAUCCACCUAGUUCUCUUGGGAGAGCCAUAGCAGAUGGACAGGCUGGAUUUGGCAGUGAUACUCUGAGCAAGGUGCCUGGGAUUAGCAGCAUUGAGCAAGGCAUGACUGGACUGAAAAUCGGUGGAGAUAUGACGGCUGCUGUAACAAAAACUGUAGGUUCAGCUCUGAGCAGUACAGGUAUGACAAGCAUUGCAGCUAACAGCGUGCCCCCAGUUAGCAGUUCAGCACCUAAACCAACCUCAUGGGCUGCAAUUGCAAGGAAACCUGCUAAACCUCAGCCGAAACUCAAGCCUAAAGGUAACGUAGGCAUUGGGGGCCCUGCUGUACCACCACCACCAAUAAAACACAACAUGAAUAUUGGAACUUGGGAUGACAAAGGGUCAGUGGUAAAAGCACCCCCAGCUCAACCAGUACUGCCUCCUCAGACUAUAAUCCAGCAGCCUCAGCCAUUAAUUCAACCACCACCACUGGUGCAAAGCCAACUGCCUCAACAGCAGCCUCAGCCACAGCAACCACAACAGCAACAAGGACCUCAGCAGCAGGCCCAGCCUCACCAGUUGCAGCAGCAACAGCUGCAAAACCGCUGGGUAGCUCCUCGUAAUAGGGGUGUGGGCUUCAGCCAGAACAAUGGAGCUGGUAGUGAGAACUUUGGUUUAGGUGUUGUAUCCGUCAGCUCCUCACCUUCUGGUGUGGAAGUGCACCCAGUGCUGGAGAAACUAAAGGCCAUAAACAACUACAAUCCCAAAGACUUCGAUUGGAAUCUGAAGAACGGACGCGUGUUUAUAAUCAAAAGUUAUUCAGAGGACGAUAUUCAUCGCUCCAUUAAAUACUCUAUCUGGUGUAGUACUGAGCAUGGUAAUAAGCGCUUGGAUGCUGCUUACCGUUCCCUGAAUGGAAAAGGCCCACUCUAUUUACUCUUCAGUGUGAAUGGCAGUGGACACUUUUGUGGAGUGGCUGAGAUGAAGUCUGUUGUGGACUACAAUGCAUAUGCUGGUGUCUGGUCUCAGGAUAAGUGGAAGGGGAAGUUUGAUGUCAAAUGGAUCUUUGUCAAAGACGUUCCCAAUAACCAACUGCGGCACAUUCGCUUGGAAAACAAUGACAACAAACCGGUUACCAAUUCGAGGGACACUCAAGAGGUACCCCUAGAAAAAGCCAAGCAAGUGCUUAAAAUAAUUGCUACUUUCAAGCAUACCACCUCAAUCUUUGAUGACUUUGCACAUUAUGAGAAGCGUCAAGAGGAGGAGGAAGCCAUGCGUAGGGAGAGAAAUAGAAACAAACAAUAACUAUAUGGAGAUGUCCUGCUAGAAUACAACACUAAUGAUGUAGACUCUGGAAAUGCCUAAUAUGUCUAAGAAGACGUUAUUAAAGCUUUUUUCUGCUUAAGGUGACAUCUUUGAACACUUUAACACGAAAUUGACUCUUCUUGUAAUGGUUCUCAUCAGUGCAUCUGCCCUUAUACUCUCUCACCAAACACACUUGAGAACUGUACCUUCGUCAAGCACUUUCUGUCCUGAAGCUUUUACCAGUAUCUGCUGUCUUUUGUAUUUAUGCAUCCUAGCUAAGGCACAGGAGACCGAACGAAUGCAAGGAUUCAUUAACUCUUUGAAUUUGUUAAAUACUAACAUUUAACCAUUAGAAGUGGUUCAAUGAUGUGAGAUUCACAUUGCUUCAACUUAAUUUUUUUCUUUGUUGUAGUUUUUUUAAUUGUCAGUUUUUAGCUAUUCAACAGAUUAAAAGCAAAUCAUGCCAUAUUUAGUCCUGGAGUAAAACUCAAGUCUAAAUGUUCAUGUGAAAAUUAUUGUAGUAAUCUUUUAAUAUGGCAAAGCAACUCUAAGCUGCAGUUUAGCCAAAUGAAUGGUAACAUGAAAUUAUAUUAGGAUGACAUUUCCCUUGUUUCAAACUGUUUGGUGUAAGAGAAUAUUAAUAUGCAGCUUGGUGGACACCACCAGUUAAUGCACAUUUCUUUAUUUCUUUUCCUGUAACAUGUAAACUGAAAAAAGUGCAUUUGUCUGAGGAACUGUUUGUUUGCUACCACUCAAUGAAUCUCAGUUUUGAGUAAAUGUACCUCAGUCUAAAUCAGACUUUUUAUGACCUUUAUAACUACAUUUAAAAUAAUCUUUAAUUCCUAUUUCUGGGUGUUUGCAAGCCUGACAGAUUGCUAUCAUGAAAGUGAAAAUUUACUCCUCUAGGUGAUUCACUAGCUAAAUAAACAUAAUUCUUGUUUAGCAAGCAUA